CAGUGACUUCGCGCUCUCCGUUCGUGGCUUAAGCAGUUGAUACUUAGCGUAGAAGUGUAUCCAUUCCAUCGCCAGCUGAGAAUAACAUGUGAGACUUCGCUCAAUCACGGGAAGAACUGUUCAAAAGAAACCAGGACCUCCUGGUUUGAAAAUUCUCAGCCUCUCAAGAGGCAAAAAAUGCUAUAAUGAAGAAAUGGCCUCUGAAGGAAGGCUCAGAUUAAGUAUGAGUUUUCUUAGCCUCAAGUACCUCUCUUAUCUGGUUGCAAAGUACCUAUACCAACUAAUGUUACAAUUGAGUCCUAUAACAUGAAACCUGUCGUGUAUUGGGAGUACCAGAUCAUGCCACAGGUUCCUGUUUUUACCGUAGAGGUAAAGACCUAUGGUUACGGAGACUGGAUUGUUGCCUGCACCAAUAUUUCUCAUCGUUAUUGUAAGAUUUCUGACCACGUUAAUGAUCCAUUAAAUUCACUUUGGGUCAGAGUUAAAGCUAGAGUUGGACAAAAAGAAUCUGCCUAUGCAAAGUCAGAAGAAUUUACUGUAUGCCAACAUGGAAAAAUUGAACCACCUAAACUGAGUAUCAGAAAGGAAGAGAAGCAAAUCACAAUUGACAUAUUUCACCCUUCAGUUUUUGUAAAUGGAGAAGAGCAGGAAGUGGAUUAUUAUGAUGAAAUUACCUGUUACAUUAUUGUGUACAAUGUCUAUGUGAGAGUGAACGGAAGUGAGAUCCCGUAUAAAGUAUCCACAAAGAUGGAAGACGAUUGCAACGAGAUUCAGUGCCAGUUAACAGUUCCAGUGCCCUCACUGAAUUCCCAGUACUGUGUUUCGGCAGAAGGAGUCUUAAAUGUAUGGGGUGUUACAACUGAAAAGUCAAAAGAAGUUUGUGUUACCAUUUCCAAUAGCAGCAUAAAAGGUUCUCUUUGGAUUCCGGCUGUGGCUGUUUUACUAUUUCUAGUAGUUGCUGCGGUAUUGAUCUAUUUUUAUAUUAAGAAGAUUAAUCCAUUGAAGGAAAAAAGCAUAAUAUUACCCAAGUCCUUGAUCUCUGUGGUAAGAAGUGCCACUACAGAGACAAAACCUGAAUCAAAAUACAUGUCACGCAUUACAUCAUACCAGCCAUUUUUCUUAGAAAAGGAGGUGGACUGUGAAGAGGCAUUGUCUCCAGUUCCAGACAUGCAUACCGAAGACAAUCCAGAAAAAGGAGAACAUACAGAAGAACUUUCUAGCAUAACCGAAGUGGUGACUACUGAAGAAGACAUUCCUGACAUGGUCCCGGGCAGCCAUCUGACUCCAAUAGAGAGAGAGAGUUCUUCACUUUUAAGUAGUAACCAAUCUGAACCCGGCAGCGUCACUUUAAACUCAUAUCACUCCAGAAAUUGUUCUGAUGGUGAGCACUCCAGAAAUGGUUGUGAUACUGAAUCCAGCUGUCUGGAAUCUCAUAGCUCCUUAUCUGACUCAGAAUUUCCCCCAAAUAAUAAAGCUCAAAUAAAAACAGAAGAACAAGAGCUCAUAACAGUAAUAAAAGCCCCCACUUCCUUCGGUUAUGAUAAACCACAUGUGCUGGUGGAUCUACUUGUCGAUGAUGAUGGUAAAGAGUCCUUGAUUGGAUAUAGACCAACAAAAGAUUCCAGAGAAUUUUCAUGAGAUCAGCUAAGAUGCGCCAACUUUGAAGUCUGAUUUUCCUGGACAGUUUUUCUACUUUAAUUUCAUGAAAAGUUUAUGAUCUCAGAUAUUGUAUCUUAGUUGCUAUCAACCAAAUGGAGUGACUUACUUUAGAUAAAAGUCUAAAGAGGACGUUUGGCAGUCUCACUUUUAGCAAGACUUUUUUUUUUUUUUUUUUUUUUUUUUUUUUUUUUGGACAAAAAAAGCAUUGUAACUUAUGAACCUUUACAUUGAGAUAGCUAGCAGGAUCCGGGAACAGUAUCUUGUACUGCUGGUUCUUAGGUGAGCAAGUGAUGUCCCAGGGACCUUUGUAGCCACUUUACUCUUUUUCUUUUCUCUGCCUUGGUAUACGAUUUGUUUUUGUAAGUUUUAUGUAUGCAGUAAUUUUAAGUGCUUAAUUUCAGAAGAAAUUCUGCAGGCCUUUCAAAAUUGGACUUAAAAUCUAAUUCAAACUAAUAGAAUUGAUGAACUAUGUAAAUAGAAACACUUUUUUUAUGAAACAUUACAGUUAGAGAUUUUUAAAUAAAGAAUUUUAAAA